GUGAAAUUCGAGCUUGCUGGAGAACAGAAUGAGGCUAAAGAGGAGGCGUUGGUUCUGGCAGAAGACGGUAUGAGUCUACCAAUGGUGAAUGAAGCGAAGCGUUUACUGAAACGGGGGGUUAGCGAUCCUGCUGGCUCAACAAUUCAACCGUGGAAAGUUGUUGUGGACUCAUGCGACGGCGACUGGACCGGGUUGUUGUUUUAG